AUGGCUUACAAGCUCCCAGAUCUUCCUUACCCAUACAAUGCUCUCGAGCCUUUCAUCAGCGAGGAGAUUAUGACCUUGCACCAUAAAAAGCAUCACCAGACCUAUGUCAACGGCCUCAACGCCGCAGAGGUGUCGAUCGCCACCGCUCCUUCAUUCAAGGAGCGUAUCGCUCUCCUUAAUGCUCUGAAGUUCAACGGAGGAGGCCACAUCAACCACUCCUUGUUCUGGAAGAAUCUUGCGCCAGCUAACCAAAGUGCUCUCAAACCAGGCCCUCUGAAGGACGCAAUCGACCGUGACUUUGGCGGUCUUCAAAACCUUCAGAAGGAAUUUAAUGCCACUACUGCCGGUAUUCAAGGUUCCGGAUGGGGGUGGCUAGGAUACAAUGCUAAGACCCAGAGGUUGGAAAUCGUUACAACGGCGAAUCAGGACCCACUUUUGUCCCACGCCCCGAUUAUUGGAGUUGAUAUCUGGGAGCAUGCGUUCUACCUCCAAUACAAGAACGUUAAGGCAGACUAUUUGGUUGCCAUUUGGAACGUCAUCAACUUUGAUGAGGCGGAGAAGCGUUUCAUUGAUGCUAUCAAGGCUGGUGCUAAAAUCUAA